GAGCAGCAUAGAAAACAUAGUGAAAAAAAAUUCGACAUAGACGAUGCUCAGAAUUACAGGUCUGCGCUUUAGACGUUGUGGUGCUGGGAUCAUUGGGCUUCCUAACGUCGGAAAGUCUACUUUGUUUAAUGCCCUCACAUGCGCCCAGCUCGCCAAGACCGGGAACUUCCCUUUCUGCACUAUCGACGCGAACAUAUCAAAAGUUCCAGUACCAGACAAACGUCUGCGUGCAUUAGCCUCCUUCACGGGCGCAAAGACUCUGAUCGAUGUAGAGGUGGAUUUGGUGGAUGUGGCCGGGCUAAUCGAAGGAGCCUCGAGAGGCAUCGGGAUUGGCAAUAAGUUUCUUGCGGAUAUUCGUCUCUGCUCAGUUCUAUUGCACAUGGUGCGAUGCUUUGAAAGCGCGCGGGACGGCUUCGGCACACCAACGCCUUUGGAGGAUAUUAACGUUGUCGUCAAUGAGCUGCUCCUGUCAGACUUGGAGUUGAUCGAGAAAAGAAUGCACAAAGCGGGGAAAGUGGGAAAAAGCUCUGAGGUAGCUUUUAUGCGCCGUGUAGCAGCCACACUCGAGGCUGGAAUUCCCGCUAGCGAUCUUCGCGGCCCACUGUCCUCCUCUCUCGCGGGCUCAGUGACACCUCGAAAAGUUACAAAACUAACACCUGAAGAGGAAGGGUGGUUGGAUAGUUAUCAGCUCUUGUCCGACAAACCCAUGGUUUUUAUUUUGAAUGUCGAGGAGUCAGUUGUAAAGGAGGGUAACGCCUUUUCCAAGGCUGUUGAGGUUGCCUACGGAGCGGAUCGAACAUUUCGUGUAUCCGCCUCCGUCGAGGAGCAACUGUCACAAAUUCAGUCACAUGACGAUCGCCUUCUUUUUCUGGAAGAGUAUGGCAUCCAUACACCGUGCAGUGAGCUACUUAUAAAGCGGGCAUACGACCUCCUCCGUUUGCAGUCUUUCUUCACGGUGGGGCCAGUUAUGGCUCACGGUUGGACUGUUACUCAGGGUUCAAGCGCGCGCGAGGCGGCGGGUGAAAUUCACUCUGAUCUUGAGAAUUAUUUCAUUUCUGCCAAAGUAAUGCAAUGGGAUGAGUUCAUUGCGAAGCCAAAUUUGGAGUCCGCAGAGAUGCAGAUGCAGAAAGUUAAUGCGACCUACAAGAUGCGCGAUGGAGACGUCAUGAUCGUGCAACACAGUGCCGUGAAGUAGCGCUUAUAAAGUAGAUUUGCACAGAGUCAGCAGAGUUAUAUUCGAUCCAUGUGUGCCUCUUCACUCCUCUAAAUGAAAAGUCAGCUAAAUGUUUGCAUUUUCCUUAUAUUGAUAUUCACCAAGUAAUUCUUCUCUUAUUAUGGCAA